AGUGAAAAAAAUAUUUCCGUCAGGGUUACAUGAUGUUGUUUUUCAAAGGUUUAUUAAUAAUCUUUUGUUAAAGUAUACAUUAAAUAUUCAACAAAUAAUGCGACAUGAUUUUGUAAUUGAAGCAGAAAAACUACAUAAUAACUUUCGCGACUAUGUUCUGUCAUUAAGCCAUUAAAUGUAAAAAAUAGUCCUACACAUACAGAUCGAUCGUUUUAAUUUUACGUAUUAACUUAUUAUCCGUGAUAAAGAUCAGUUGAUUGGUUUUAUUGGUAUUCGAUCAAUGGCGACAAAACUUGAGAGUACAGCUUUCAUAUUUAUAAUGAAAUCGUAAAAUAAAAUCUUUAUACGUAAAUAUUGAAUAGAAUAACGAAUUCGCGAUGGAAAAGGAGUAAUUAUAUAUGAACGAAAGUUGGGGUUUUGUCAUCUUAAAACAAGUUCCAUGUUUAUAGAGUGGCUAAUGAAAUAUAAAUAAGGUAAUCUAGAGAACCGGCGAGUAUUUAAGAAUGUGAUUAUUUGACAGCGGGAUUAGAUUUUACCUGCAGUGCAAAUCAAACUUCGACGAAACUAAUUGUCGGACUGACAGUAACUGUGGUGGAAUAAGUUCAAUGGUGUUUACGGAGUGUAUUGGCUAUCAGAGCCUUAACAUCUCGCAUUUCAAUGGGGUCUGUAGGCUUAUUUAUCGGCAAUUAACCUCUUCACGACAGCAAAAUCUGCACUAUAAGUGGGGAAAAUGUCAAUUGAAAAUCACUGUAGAUGACAAUGCAGCAAAUUCAGUCUAAGAUUUCAAGAUAGUUUAUCAAAAGUUUAUCCGAAUACAGGAGUGAACGAUUUGCUGGUGGAUAAUUGAAUCGUCGGAAAGUAAGAGUGGAGAGGAAGUUUACCAAUUUGACGCAUAUCAUAGUCAGAAGAGAUUCCAAACGGGCCGGGGCAAACAUACAACUUGAAGAGUCUUGUUAAUGAAAAUUCACUGAAGACAAUUUGAAAUGGUGUUAAAACAAUGUGCAGCAAAAACACAAACUGAACGCUAAGUCAAGCGAUAUAACGUAGGUCCUCGUAACUGCAUGCACUUUGAAAAGACUGAUAAUUGAAAACGCUUUUUUCACAUGGUAUAACCAUGAAUGCAGUUUUUAUUACAUUUUGAGUUGAUUUAUUUGAGUCUAUUUUCAAAGUUGAUGUCAUUAGAAUUAUCUUGCACUGAUUAUACUAUACGAAUUUCGUACAUUUUUGAAUAAGAGACACAAAAACGUCACCUCUGGAAUUUUUAAAAAGUGUUAAGAUGACACAUAUAGACAAUUUCGUGGACUUGAUUAAAAUAUGCCUUAUGUGAUAUGUUAAAUUGACAUGCUACUGAGGAAUAACAGAUAAACACAUAUAUGAAACGGUAGCUGAUUAAUAGGAGAUUUUGGGAGAGAUAUCACCAUAGAAAGGCUAUGUCGCGCCCAUGUGAGAUGUGUGACAGAAAUAUCGGCUCUCUGCGCAUUGAUUAACCCAUAACGUUGCGGAAACGAUUACGGUACUUACAGCACAGCAACAAAUCAUGUGUUCCAUGAUGUUUGAAACAAGAAGUCAUUGAUCAAACAAAGAUCAAUAUAUAGCGAGGAAAGUCGUGUUAUUAUAGUUCAAUUAUUUAGAUUGUAUUUUAAAGUAAGUGACAUACGGCACUAGUGUAGUUGUGAAAUAUGGGGCUUGGAGGAGAAACCAAGGCCAAGAAACGUAAAGUUGUCUAUGAUGAGUACACCGGCGGAUUCUACGCGGAGUCCAAAGUGGAGGCCUUGGAGCGCCAGUGCCACUUCCGCGCGCGCCUUACUGACGUCAUCAACAAGGCGGAGGACGCCAAGUACCGGUACGCGUGCAAACGGGUGGACGCUGAGAAACAUUUGUUUCUAUUGAAGAAAGAGAAGGCGACGAACAGACACAACGACGCGUUUCUUGACUACCAAGCUCAUAAAAAGGUUCUAGAGAAACUCGCUAAGGAACGCGAAGAAUUAGGUUCAAAAAUUGACCAUCUGUUCGGAAAGUAUCCUCCUGAGAGUAUACGAAGCAAUAUCGAGGAGAAAAUAGUGCUAGAGCGGAAGGAGAUGUCCCCGGUCGUGAUCCGGCGCAGGGAGGCAACUCGGUUGCUCGGGAAUAGAAAUAGUUUAAAGGAAUUAGACCGAACGAAAUCGACAGACGACAUUAUAGCAGAAUUGAAACAAAUGAGAAGCAGGGUAAACAGCCCUGUUAAAAGUCUCACCAAACAAUCACCCGUUUACGAGAGCGCAAAACACGCGCCGAGACUCAUACUUCCGGCUAUAACAGUUAAGCUAAAUAAACUUGAUGACAAGAAGGAAAUUGUUCAUGCUAAACAAAUGCACAGGACAAAAUCUUCAAACGACGCAAGCAUGUUUCCUCCGUUGUUUAUAACGGAUCCAAGAUCGCUGAAAUGAUGUUUGAUACACAGAAUGUGUUCUAUAUAAAGCAUUCCUGUGAUAUAUGUUGUUUUUUGUUUAAAAUAACUUAUUUUAUAAAAUAAACUUUUUCGUGGCUGUAAUUAUAGGCAUUUGAGUGAUACUAGAAUUGCAUUUCGAAAUUACAACGCGUAAUAUGUUUCUCUUAUUGUAAUUCUUUAAAUUUGUUUCGCGAAAGAAUUAUGUAAUUCUGUGUGAUCCGAGAUACUUUACGUUUAAUAAAUGCAUUUUAAAUUUC